GAUGGGAAAACGUGAACCGUGAAGACACAAUAACGCGACUGCAGUGGAAGCCCGUUUCGAUAGUUCUUAACAGUGUUAUCCCCUUGAAAAUGAUUUUCAGAAGUUAUCGAAAAAAUUGUCCGUCUCUGAGAGACUAUGUGUUGGUUCUUUGUGGUUAACAAUUUUUCGGAAAAUAAUAUUGGAUUUUAUGUAAAAUAUACAUAAUAGGCGUGAUGACAGUUAGUCUUAAACAGAUGCAUAUUCAGUCUUGAUUGCCGAUUGCCUGUGUGGAAACUGUUACGCGUAGUUAUGUGUGGAAAAUGUACGAGCAAUCGCACACAACCCACAAAAAUUCGUCGUCUUUUGUAUGUACGUGCUGUGUACUGCUGCUAACGACGCUGCGCUGUCUGUUACUGAGUACACAACAUGUAGGGACGACACUAUGUCGACGGAAAGGCAAUCGCAAUUAGAAAAGUGUAAGCGAGAUGACUAUUGCUGCUCUGCUAGAGACAUUGUGCACAGCACACAGCACAGCACAGCCUCAUACAUAUACAAUGCUAACUAGCGCGCGAGCGCUCUCGCCGUUGCGGCAACGACAUUGUCAACUAUAGACGACAGAAGCAUAGAGAAAAAAACCGAACCGAACAGAAGUACCUCCCAUCUGCGUAUAUCGUAUGUGAAUAUAUAUGUAUGUACAUACGACGAUUUAUAUGCACGUAUAAAUGGGCAUAUAUGUGUGUGCAUAUAUAUUUGAAGAAGAGUAUAUGACGAAUGAUGAAGUGCUAGACAAAAUAAAUAUGGACUAUUUUCGGUGAAUUCUCAAAUCGGCGUUUUUUUUAUGUGUUUCUUUCUGUUUUGUGUAAUUCUGCUGACCUGAAAAGUGUGUGCUGUUUGUUAAAAAGUGUGCAGAAUUAAAUAUUAUGUGUGUGUGUACAGAAAAAGCGCAACUAAUUGGAAUAGGGAAGUUUGCUUAAACAUGUAAUUUAAUUUUAAAUAUUUUUUGCGACUUGGCGACUUAAAUUAAUCGACAUGCUAAACUGAGGUGACGACCACCGGUGCGAAAAUACAAAAAAAAAAACCAAAGUUGAGCAGUGCACGGGUCACAAAAUAACAAUAACUUCAAAACAGUCGGCGCAGCAUCGAUUUUUUCAAAAUACACGCGAUUGAAUUGAAUGGUUGGCCAAAAAGGUGCACCAGCCCAAUAUCCAAUACCGACUACCCAAUACCGAAUACCAAUAUUUGAAAGCUUUCGCCUUAUCGCUGGUCUAGAGCCCCAAGAGCAGAGCCGAAUGCAUUGGAAAAGGAACUGAAGCUGAAGCUGGUGCACUGGUGUAAUUCAUUGGAAGCCCACACGCAGAAGAAAUGGACACAUCAAAUGCCAGCAGCGCUAAAUCAAAGACGUCUGCGUCGGCCAGCAGCAGUAGUAUCAAUGGAUUAGGAUUAGGACCACAAAACAAGCAUAUAUUGUCGCAGGACAUCUCCUCGGUGAACGUGAACGUUGCUGCGCAGGAUGAGAAGAACGAGACCCCGCUGUCAGCGGCAGCAGCCACAGUCCUGACGGUAGUCGGCCAGACCAUGGCCAAGAGCACUGCUCCGCUGGCGGUGCUGCACCUUCCUCCGCCGACGGCCACCGCCUUAGUCCAAGCAAGUGCCAACAUCUCUGAAUUGGGCUCCAUGCCGCGAGCACGGCCAUCAUUCGUAUCAAAUACCUCAACAACGGAAGGGAAACCCAUGGCCGUGGCGUCCAUGCCCUCGGAGUCGGCCUCCUCGUCGGAGCCAUCCUGUCCGGUCGCCGUAUCGAUGGCUCCCAGUGCCUGCGACUUUGAUUCCGACACGGAACUCUCGAUUGUGGCCGCCGCCGCGGCGGUCUCGGCCGCAGCCGGCAUAGAUUCGAGGUCCCCCACAUCUCCUCCGCCCUCGGCGGCGUCAACGAUAAUGCCCGCACUGGGAUCUGGAGGUGGAGGCACUGCAGCAUCACUCUCGACCAUGGCCGGGAGUCAAGGCGGAUUUGGAGCAGGAUCAGGCGUAGUGGCUGGCAACACGAACGGCCACAGCACAUCCAGCAGCAGCACUCACCUUAGUUUAAAUGCCAAGCAACAGCGCCAGCAGAAACGUCGGCGGGAACGUGCCCAGCGUUUGCAAGCGGAACGCGACAGCCGAUGUAAUUCCAGUUCGCUGAGUGGCACAUUCAUCGCCGGAUCCGUGGGGGUCAGUGCUAUAAGUGCUGCCAAUGUGAAUGCAGCCGGAGGUCAGGGAAGCCUCGUUACGCCCAACGGCGGGAACUCAUCGGUGGCGAUCGGGAACGGAUCGGUGGCAGGACCUGGCAAUGGCAUGAUUUAUCAUAUUAAUAGCGCUGGCAGCAUGGGCGAGGACAGUAACAACUCGAAUGGAAACUUUACCAGCAGCAGCAAUGGCAGCAACAAUCUUCUGCCCCCUACAGAUAGUAUUGCAUCGUUACUCCUAAAUCCACCACAUUCCCCUGAGUGCAACUCGGGACUAAUGGCCACGCCUAGUGAUAGCGAAGGAGAGUCGCUGGAUGAGGAUCUUCUGUCGACCUCGUCUUCGUCAACACUACUUUUGCCACGCGAUAAGCCACCGCCUCGACCACCACCUCCAGUUCGAAGAAAGUUGCCCCGAUCUCCAGUACUCGAAGAGGAAAUCAUCGAUGGAUUUGCUAUAUUGGAAUUCAAGACAUACGAAGAUCUUGAGUUUGCCAUCAAAUUGGGACAAAAACGUAAGGAAAAGCGCCUUUCUGCAUUGGACGAGCUAACUUGUACCUACAGUAUAGAGGAAAUGAAAAUCCCAAAGGUUAUCGAUACUGGUCAAUCCCAACCUUUGCGUGUCACAAACCUGUCCACUUUGACUGUUAACAACAACAACCUAAAGGAAAAUCCGCACCCGCACCCGCAGCCUCUUCACCGUGGCGGCAAUGUCAUCAGCAACAACAACAUCACAAGCAAUGGCCCAAGUGCAAACAGCAAUAACAACAGCAGCAUAACUAACGUAGUGUAUCUGUUGCCAUCUGUGAACAUUGGUACGGUUUUGGAGACGGAAACUGAACCUAGGGAUCAUUGGCGAUCUGAAUAUGGGCAGCAGCAAGACCAAUUGCAAUCUGACAAUAGCGCAAACAGUAAAAGUAAUAUCAUUAGUGAUGAUAAUCAAAUUAACAAUAGUAGUCACCAAAUAAAUCACUCCAACCAAUCAAACAAACAAGCGGAAGGUGGUUGCAAUGCAGCAAAAAUGCAAGUAAACAGUGCUACCAGUACAAGAUUUUUGGAGAACGAUAACGAUUCACUUAUGUUGGAUAUAAGCCAGCCAUCGCUGGGCGUUGGUGGGGCCGUAUCGCAUAGUCAUGACCAUAUUGACGUGGGUAUGAUACACACCAGUUGUACUGGCAGCGACACCAAAAAAUCUCACAAUUCCCCCGCCACAAGUAACACUAUUGACCAAUUGCAUGUGACAAAAUCGCUGCCCUCACUCCAGCUCAAUAAUUUAAUAUCAAGUGAUCUUACCGCAACUGCAAACGCAAACAAUAACCACCUGGGUGUAUGCAAGCUUGGAUCGCAAUCAGCACAGGUCGUAAAGAAAUCGAACGGGUUGGAGAACAUCGAAACCGUCACGACAUCCGCAACCUGCCGCUCUCUGGAAAUUCAGGAAUUACCUAAUGUUCCAGCGCAAGCCUUUGGGGCCAGUAGCAGCAUAAAAAAGGAAAACGAGCAAAGUGAUCUUUUAAAUGACGCUUCAAUCAAUUGUACCAGCACCAGCAAAGGAAAUAAUAUCUGUGAUAAUGUCAGCAAUGAUAAAAAGAAUUCUGAACAAAUGUUUGAUAUUGAUAACACCCCAACGCCUAUGAAUGUUUCCAAUACUUCAAUGUGUCAGGAUCGAUCAACUUCCCGUAAGUUAUCUGACCUUCCGCACCUUAAGAAAAAGAGUGCGGCAUGUGGAGAUAAUAGCACAUUUUCGGGAGUACCUUUUACAUCGUCAUUAAGUUCGGUGUCUGCGGGAAAUCCAGAAAGCGAUGCAAGUAAAGCUUUAAACAUUAAAAAUACAUCUGAAAGUACACAAGGUAAAGUGGUUCAUGCUGGUGCGUCAGUUCCCACAUCUCCGGCGAAUGUGGGCGAAUCUGGGAAUAGAGAGCUUGGUAUGUUGCAGAAAUCUUCUUCUGAUAAGGCGCUUUAUCCCAGCAUGUGCGUUACGCCAUCUGUUUCGUCAGUGCAAUUUCCCAACGUUGGAGUAUCAGCUGGAAAUGAGAAAAUUGUGUCAACAGUUGCAUCUGAUAUUGAUCAAAAGAUUAUUUUUAAUACCAAGACAACAGUUUCAAACGGAUUGUCAUCAGGAGUGCAACGGUCAAUUGUUCCAUUAUUAUCUGCUGCGCAAUCGCCAGCUACAGCCACUCUAAGCAGUCCCUUUAGCGCACACAUGGCAACACCGAAUGCUGGAUUAUCAAUAUUAAGUUCGGCUUCAAGUGUGAUCCUGGCAAGCAGCAUAAAAUCAAAUGAUAACUUUGCAAGAAGUAACAACAAUAGCAGUAACAAUAACAAUGGAAGUUCGAAUAGUCAGGGAACAUUAUCAUCCGUUGGAUUGUCAAGCAGCUCGGAAAUUACGAAAAAUAGUUCAGUUUCAACCUCCUCGCCUCCCAAUCCCAUAGUUAAUGGCUUCCUUAGUGUUUAUCCGCCUGCUACGAUUGCGACAUCAUCAGUAGCUACGAGUACGUUGCCACGUGUUUCUCCCAAUGCAACAAAUAAAUUAGUGGCACCGGUUUCUACAUCCAUCUCGAUAAACACAAACUAUGUUGGAAUUUCUGGUGGAACAACAACUACGUCCGGUAUGGGAAAGGUGGUCUUCGGCACUGGCGGGAAUGCAAUUGUAGGUACGGGGUCUCCAUUGCUUUUUCCUGGAGCGCCACCUGCCCCCAUUUCUCACGUUGCUUCUGGUGUGCCCAUGAUUAUCCAAGCCCCUCCAUACCGAGCACCUUAUACGAAUUACCCCCUCUACACUCCAUACAGCGGCCUUACGCAUGGGUCGUACCUGCCUCCAGUAUUGCCGGUCGCCACGUCCAACAUACCGCCCACACAAAUUCGGAGCUCGGAUAGUCGAAACAGUCGUGAGUCGCCAGCAUCUUUAAAAGCGACAUCGUCGAAUAUUGCAUUAAAUGUCUCGAUGACACCGACCUUGCGAUCUAUCACGCCACUCAAUAAUAGCUGUGCAAUAUCUAGCGGCGCAUCGCAGCCCGUUGUGUCGGUGGUCCCUUCGGCAAACACAACUGCCCUUUCGUUAAGCAACUCACAUAUAUCUCAUUCCCAUCAUGUGCCUGUGUACGCGACAGGUGCAUUUUCCUCUGCGACGGCCGGGACAAGUACCCCGAAUUCCGGACUAUCUACUCUGGCGGUAACCUCGCUUUCAACCUCGGCUGCUCCACAACCGCACUUCCCCCAGUCUACCCAGAUGCAUUCACAGAGUGGAAAUUUCUCGUCUGUGUCUCAUUUGCUAACAACGCACUCAAUGCCGCCGCAGAAUCAGCCUUUAGUGCGUUGCGGAAGUGCACUGUAUUCAUCAUCCGCCUCCGCCGUUGCCGCCUCCUCAAACUUCAGCCCAUCGGUUCUCGCCGUUCAAAGUUUAACGACGGCGGUUACGUCGAGCUCGUCAUCGCCAUCUACAUCAUCAUCAUCUGUGAUCCAGAAGGUUAUUUCCCCCAAAGGAGAAAGUCCUUGCAACAAAGAUCGGGAUCCCAGUUACAGUACAAAUAUCAGGUCCCACGGUGCAUCAACAAUAUUGCCUGUCGUGUCCCAGGGAAUUAGUCUGGGCUCGUCUUUUUGCGGUAUCCCCCCAAGUCAAUAUGGAGGUACAGGUACCUCAGUAUUAUCCUCAAGUUCUUCAAUGACGGGACUGGGAAAUCUCCCCUCAUACUCCUCGAAGGCGGCACUUUGGUUGAACUCACCUGCCAACGCAGUGGUAACGUCAUGUGCUUCCUCAACGCCCAUAGUAUCGAGCGGAAGUGCCCGUCCGACUCCUCCGCUCUCGAACUGCACAAGCAUGGGAAUUGGCAUGGUGAACUCGGCACCAACGGCGAGAUCCUCUUGCAAUGCCAUAUCGCCUCUUUCCAUUCCUGCAACUGCUGGUAUUCACGUGUCUGCCACAAAUCCCUCUUUUCAGUCGUCGUCAUACUUCCCAACACCUUUAGCGCCGCCGCCAUCUUCCCCAUCACCAGCUACAUCUUCCGCGGCCAUCAUCAGCUCUGCCUCUCCAUUUCCGGCAGUGUCUCACUCAAUGAGCAGUAUUGUAACAACGGCAGGAGCGCCCACAACCACGGCCUCAUCUAUAACACAGCCUACAGCUCCGGCAAUAUCAAAUACAGUGACAAGCACGCCGCAUCCCUUUUCUGCAGAAUCGCUUUUUCAGCCAAGCAAAAAUGAUCAAGCUGAUUUGCUGAGGCGUGAGCUAGACAGCAGGUUCCUGGAUAGAUCUGGCUUGGCUGUUACCCCCACGCCGCCAUCAUCAACAUACUUACGAACUGAUCUCCAGCAUCAACAACACCCACAUCUACAUCAACACCCGCAGUUGCUUCCGCCAGCAUCGGCUUCAUCAACUCCCUUAACAGCUGUGCAGCCAACUUCUGGACAAAUAUUUCCCCCGCCAUUAUUUAAAGAUCUUUCCAAAAUCUCGUCCGUCGAUCCUCAGUUCUAUCGUGCUGGUAUGGGGUUACCAACAGCAGGCUACAGUGGAUACACCUCAGCAGGCCUUUUGCACAGUGGCUUAGGGGGGCCAACGCCGUUCAUGCCUCCCAACCACUUAACUUCGUUUGCCCCUAAGAAAACUGGUCGUUGGAACGCUAUGCAUGUUCGAAUUGCGUGGGAAAUUUACUACCACCAAAACAAGCAAAGCUCUGAAAAGACAGGAUUUCCAACAGCGUCUUCGAAUGCACAAUCGAUCAACGCACCAAUUCCGCCAGGUAACCUGAUCAGUGGAGGAGGUGGCAUGGCCAGUGGGGCCAACACGCCAGUUAAUAAUGUAGCAGCUAUCCCAGCGGUUGGUGGUGGUGUCCUAGUGUCAAAUGGGCCGGCUUCUGUACUUGGUAUCAAGACAACACCACAACUGGGUCUUAAUACGGCACCGCAGCACAUUCUUCAUCGUGCGAAUGAACUGCCACCAUCAGCAGCAUUCGCCAAUGCGUUGCCAGGUCGAUUAGCGUUUGAAACGUCUAACUUGACGGCGAGUUUCAUUGGAGCUCCUCCCAGUCAUAUUGGAACCGCUGUUUCCCCGUUUGGACGUUAUGUGAAUCCGUUUGGUUUCACAGGCCUAACACAUUUUGGUGGCCAUUUAGACUCGUGGAGAUCGAACGCAAUGCAACGGAGUGUGGCCGCAUAUCAUCCCUCAACUGCUUCAGCGUCGCCCAACUGGCCGGUCAAGACGGAUCCCGGUCUGGACAACGCACGGCGCGAAGCGGAGGAACGUGAGCGCGAGCUGCGGGAUCGUGAGCAGCGGGAACGUGACCGUCAGCGACGCGAACGGGAGGAGCGUGAACGCAAAGAAAAGGAGGAAAAACUAAAGCGAGAACAACAGGAGCGGGAACGAGAACGGGAACGUGAUCGAAAGGAACGGGAGCGUGAGCGGAGGGAAAUUGAACGACGUGAAAUGGAGCGUGAGCGAAUGCUGCAGCAGCAGCGAAUAAACGAGAGCAAUAAGCAAGCGGCGGCAGUGCAUGCAGCGGCUGCUGUGGCCGCACCUGUACGCGAUCGCUCUCCGCAUCGAAACGUUGGCGAGCUCAACACGGAAAUUCGAAUCAAGGAGGAGCAUCCGCGCACAAAGGACGAGCAGGACGUAAUGCUUUUGCGUGCUUCGGCAGCUGCAGUCGGAGUAGGUGAUCCCCGCUACCAUUCAUCUUCGUUGGCGGCCGCUCAAGCAAAUGCAGCUGCAGCGGCUGCACAUCAUCAUCACGCCAACUUCAUGGCAGCUAGUCGACAUGGAUUACCCCCACCAUCACACCUUACUCGCACCAUGAUGCCACCCACUUUAAGUGUCGGUGGACCAAUGGCGCAUUUCGGUGCACCAGCGCCUCCAGGCUGGGGAAUAGAUCCGUAUCGCGACCCCUAUCCCAUGCUCCGCUACAACCCCAUCAUGGAAGCUGCCCUGAGACAUGAGGCUGAGGAGCGACAAAAGGCGAUAAAUAUCUACGCAGCCCAGUCUGCAGCCCAUUUGCGCAGCAAGGAGCCAAGUCCUAUUCCGCCUUCAGUUGGUUCCCUAGGCCCACCUCCGCCCCACCACCGGCUGCAGAUAGUAACUGGUGGCGUUGUUGGCCCAUCAGGAGUUCAGCAGCAACAGCAGGGCCAGCAGCCGCCACAGCUUUCUAGUGGUGGCGGAAUCGGAAAGAACUCGGGGCCGCCGGCACCAGUAAGCAUUCCAGUCCAGCAUAUGAUUAGCGUCGACUCCAUGAGCCAACAAACUGUUACCGCGAAGAAGGAAGCGGACCACACGAUGGGCAUUGUCACAAAUGCAGGCGUUGGUCUUGGUACAGUACCUGGUGGUGUUAUAGGAAUAUCUCCCGUGUCAUCUGUGGCGCCAAGUCGAUGAUAAGAAAAUCGUUACUAACAACAAUGUAAAAGCGAAUAAGACAAAGAAAUUUGAAAAAUUUCGAUCACCUCCACCAAAAUGUCAUCAUACGCAAAGUCCCAUCCUAAUUACCUCCUCCCAGCAUCAUUUUGAGCCUGAGAGAACACCAAUAAAUAAAGCGCAACGCUUUUGUAAACUAUAAUUCUUGAAUACAUACAUUAAUUUGUAACGUGAGGAGAUAGAAGAUGUUUGUGGCAAACAAAAAUCAAAUUAAAGAGGUUAAGACUUCCUUAUACUUCAGACCUAGCAUUCAACCUAAGCACUGAGUCCCACAUUGGCAAAAUACUUUCCUCGACCUUAAUAUGGUCGCGCGUUGAAACGUCACAUAAGUAAUAUGAACUUUACUUAUUUUUAAUAAAUACAAAUUACAAGCAUAAAAAUAAAUUUAGGUUCGCAUAUUUAGUUUAAGUGUAUUUGUAUUAUUUGUAUAAUAUAAGCUUAAGAACAGCCACGAGACAUGUUGAGCAAGAAAAUAAUUAUAAUUUGAUUGUACAUAUACAUAUAUACAAAGAACUCUCAUAGUUAUAUGACAUCAACAUGCAGCCUAUGGAAUCCAAACUAUCAUGCACAUGAUACAUAACUCUAUGUAUAUCAGUGACAGCUUCAUUCCCUUUGUGCAUUACGUGUUUAAGGACUAAUUAUCAUAUAUGCAAUUUAUGUAAAAAUUGAUAAAACUAAAAAUAGAAUCAUUACAAAAAACAUGUGCGGUUUAUUUUACU